UAUCACUACUAUAGUAGUAGCAUUCACCAUUUAUUCAAUAGCGGACCCCUCAAACCCUACUCUCUUUAAUGAACCAGUCCCGGAGGCAACUAUGGCUCCUUGAUAGUCUCUCUCUCUCGCGUGACACUCCAGUCCACGCGCCAUAGCCUUGUAAACUUCCUCUCCCUCCCUAUCAAACUUGAGAUCAGUCAUUCAAAACCCCUUCAUUUCCCAUGGCAGCUGCUUGUUUGAUCGACGCAACCCGCUCCACAACCUGCAGAGACACACAAGCAGCAACCCACCUAAAACUAAUCUCCAUCUUAAUAAUCUUCUUUACAAGCAUAAUUGGCAUCUCUUUUCCAGUUCUCUUAGCUCGCUAUUUCCAAGGCAAACCCGUCUACGACAAGGCAACUCUAAUCAUCAAGUGUUUCGCGGCAGGAGUAAUCCUCUCCACUUCACUAGUCCACGUACUCCCCGACGCUUUCGGUGCACUCUCUGAUUGCCACGUAGCAUCAAAACAUCCCUGGAAAGAUUUUCCUUUUGCAGGUUUAAUUACUUUAAUUGGGGUUUUACUAGCCCUAUUAGUUGAUUUAACAGCAAGUGCACACGUGGAGCAACACGGGCAAGGGCAUGGUGACGGUGACGGUGACGGGGAGUACACGGUUGUUGGGACACAGGAGGAAAUGGUGGGAAAGAAAGUGAGUGACAUGUCGGUUAGGGUGGAGAUCAUGGGAGAGGUGGAUUUGGUUAAGGUAAAGCAGAGGUUGGUGUCGCAGGUUUUGGAAAUUGGGAUUAUUUUUCACUCGGUGAUAAUUGGGGUUACUAUGGGUAUGUCACAAAAUAAGUGUACUAUUAGACCUCUUGUUGCUGCCCUUGCUUUUCAUCAGAUUUUUGAAGGGAUGGGUCUUGGCGGCUGCAUUGCUCAGGCAGGGUUUGGCUUCGGAACAGUGGCCUACAUGUGUUUUAUGUUUGCAGUGACUACGCCGAUGGGGAUAGUCUUAGGGAUGAUCAUAUUUUCAAUAACCGGUUACGACGACAGUAACCCCAAUGCCUUGAUCAUGGAAGGAUUACUGGGGUCAUUAUCUUCAGGUGUACUUGUAUACAUGGGUCUUGUUGAUCUCAUAGCUGUUGAUUUCUUCCAUAACAAGCUGAUGAGUUCUGCUCCAUGGUUGAAGAAGGCAUCAUUCAUCGCACUAGCUCUUGGCUCUACUUCAAUGUCUAUCCUUGCUCUUUGGGCUUGAAAUUCUUUUUGUGCUCUUGUUUCUGAAGGCUAGACAUUAAAGUAAUGAUUCGGGAGCUUGUAUACGUCGUUCAAAAACAUCAAAACAGCCUUUUAUAUAUAUAUAUAUAUAUAUAAGGACGCUUGCAUGUAGCUAGCUAUCAAGGUGUAUAAUUUAGAAAACGUGGUGGCAUACGGCCACUUGGUAUCAAGAAUUCGAGGUAGGCUAGUUACUAGCAAAUUUCUUUUUAGUUACAUCCAGAGAAUGUUAUAGCAUAAACCUUUCUAAAACGUAGUGCUCUUCUCUGCCAAGCAAGUGGAGUGCUGCUAAUUUAUCUUUCACCUUGAUACAUAUAUAUAUAAUUAACCUUGGCACUUUUGCUA